AUGUUUACUUCGUCCAGUGAUUAUACGGUCAAUAUUCCAGAUAUACAUUUACAGCAAGCAAAUGAAAAGCUCAUUCCUGGAAAAAAUCUUGAUAGUUCUACAACUGUAAUUCCACUGCUAAAUCCUCAAACUACACGCGUCAAGCGUCAUCAUUGUUUUGCAUUGAUAAUGAUAUUUAUUUUUUCAAUAUUAAGUCUAACUACUUUAUAUAUAUUAUUUCCAAAAAUAGAUGACACAGAAAAAGCUGCACUUAAAAUUCCGACAACAAUUGAGGAUGCAAAAAGUCUUGGUAAUAUUUUAUAUAAAUAUAGUAAACAUCAUCGAUAUAUAAUUAUGAUUGCCUUUUUUCUCACAUACAUUUUUUUACAAACAUUUGCAAUACCAGGUUCAAUAUUUUUAAGCAUAUUAGCUGGAUUUCUAUAUCCAUUUCCUUUAGCAUUAUUUCUUGUUUGUCUAUGUUCAUCACUAGGAGCGAGUUUUUGUUAUCUACUUUCCCAACUAUUUGGUCGACAUAUUCUAUUGAAAUGUUUUCAUGACAAAAUAACUCUCUGGCAAAAGACAGUUCAAGCAAAUGCAGGCAGUCUUCUAUGGUUUAUUAUAUUUUUACGUAUAACACCAAUAUUACCAAAUUGGUUCAUCAAUGUUUGUUCGCCUAUACUCGAUGUACCGCUAGGGCUAUUUUUUGCCGGUACAUUUGCUGGUGUUGCCCUACCAUCGAUAUUGUUUAUUCAAGCAGGCAAAACUCUUCAUCAAUUAUCAUCGCCGUCCGAUGUAUUUUCAUGGCGUUCAAUUUUUAUGCUUGGCUUUUUUGCAAUUUUAUCGUUAGUUCCCAUACGCUUUAAAGAUAAAAUACAGAGUCUUUUUAAGAAACAAAGUUAA